AUGAGCAACUUGGAGGUAAAACUGGAGAAGCAGGACUCCCGGACCGAGAAGAAAGAGGCACUAUUUAGGCGGAUGCCGUCCCUGCGUGAUCUGGCCAGUGAAUGCAGUAGCGCGGAUGUUCAAGAUGUUAUUUUACCAUCUGCAAUUGGAAGAGGUCUGUGUAGAGAUGAACCGCUGACGGAUUCUGGUAAAAAGCUUCAGCUGAUGAAGAUGCUGUGUUUGACUGUCCUCCCCGUGUUAGGGGUGUGGUCUUAUAGUGUGUAUAUGUUGUCUGAUACCAUCACCAUCAGAAGCGAAAAUGAAAUGGUAAAUAAAGAAUGGAGGCAAAUGAAAUAGAUUUCAUAUUUAUAUCAUUUAAGAACGAGGAAAGCUUUAGAAUUCAGUGUGGAGUUAGGAAAACUUGUACAUCAUUUACAGAAAGAACGGGACAUGAGUGUGUUAUACCUUAGUGCUUUAAAACCAGAAACUAAGACGUUUUUACUUACGGAAUAUAUUGAAACAGAUCGUGCAAUUAAUCGUCUGCAAGUUUGGCCUGGGAAUUUGGAUAAACUGGACAGAUUGCGUUUUGAAACAAAAACCAACAUGAUCCAAUAUUUAGCUAGGAGAAGACAAGCUUUGACUCCCUCUGACGGGUUCAAUAUUCAAGACGAAAUCAACUUUUAUACAGACAUCAUCAAAGUGGUGAUAAAGUGGAUGUAUGAUUCCAUUAACGAGACAGAGUUCGCUGUGGUAUGGAAACCUCUUGUGGCAUACCAGAAAUUGACCAGUGCUAAAGAGGACGUGGGUACAGAAAGAGCACUUGGAACUGUAUUUUAUGCCAAUGGAGGUUUUGAAUCGCAUUCAUUUUUCGAGAUGUAUAAUACAAAAGUCCACAAUUUUAGGGCAUAUUAUAAAACUGCCAAACUUUACUCGGAGCGAGUUGACAUGAUUUAUGCAAGCACCGUGCAGGAGGUUGGAAACAACCUUACCGAAAUCAUUGACCAGUUCCGAUUCGACAUACAACAUCAUGUUGAGGGAAGUAAUGCCAGCGCCUUUGCUGAUUUAGCGAAGGCUAGACAUUGGUUUGACAACAUGACCAUUUACCUGGACGCUCUUCUGAAUAUCCAGCAAGAUCUUGGCUCAGAAAUUUUGGCCAUUUUAGACACUGUUGUUGAGAACGUAACAAGCAACCUUACAAUAAGCGCUGCGUUCCUUGUGAUUGUUAUUCUUAUGUGUCCUUUUGUCAUUUGGACGACCGAAAACUUAACCAGCAGCAUCCAAAAAUAUGCUCUAACACUGGUAGACAAAACCAGAGAACUAACUCGUGAAAAAAGACGCAUAGACUCUCUUCUCUACCAACUUGUACCAAAACCUGUCGCAGAACAAUUAAAGCAGAACAAAACCAUAGAGGCGCAGUACUUUAAAUCGGCGACCAUUCUGUUCUCGGAUGUGUUCAAAUUCAACAACAUUAUGGAUGAAUUUAAAGCUGGUGAUGUUGUGGAACUUUUGAAUGAACUUUACUUCAUAAUCGAUAGCAUUAUUGAUACAUACGAUAUUUAUAAAGUCAAUGCCACUAAUGACGCGUAUAUGGUAGCAUCAGGUUUGCCCAACAGGAAAAAUGAUAUGCAUGCCCGUGACAUCGCCAUGUUUGCCCUGAAUCUUUUGACUGUCAUUAACCAGACACGGUUUAGUACCUGUAAUGACAAAAUGAUACAGCUAAGGAUAGGAAUUAAUACAGGACCAUGUAUGGCUGGUAUUGUGGGAUCCAUUUUGCCAAGAUAUGGUGUCUUUGGGGAAACGCUAGAUAUCGCUCACAUUAUGAAGGCUAGCUGUCACCCAAACAAGAUUCAUAUCACCCAAUCAACUUGCAAAGCUUUGGAAUCAACGGGUAAAUUCAUCAUGAAGAAACGAGGGACCAUAAGCGCUAUGAACAAAGGGGACGUAACGGCGUAUUGGUUGGUAGGAAUGGUGGAGGACGGACAAACUGCCCCCGGAAAAGACGACGAAUACAACUUCUGUGUGGACAAUAUUUCGGAGGACAUGCCAGGGGAAAUAGCUCCCAUAGACCAUUACAAACGUGGUUUGGCCAUGCCUAUUGUCAAAAUGCCGGAAAUCAUUAUUCCUAGCAAGAAAGACAUGCCACAUGAAAAGCAGACGGCAACGACAGCUGUAAAGGAUAUCCGAAAUGAUUAA